AUGAGUUUACGUCAAGAAGAAGCUAUUGCAAAGGUUAUUGAGAACAUUGGUGGAUCUGUUUUUGUUACACAACCAGCAAAAUCAGUUGCUUCCUCUUUCACUCCAUUAUUACCACAUUCAAAAAUUUUGAUCAACUCAAAUGAACCAUAUGCUAGCAUACAACAAUAUUUAAUUGAUAAUCAAAAUGAAGAUCAACCAGAACAAGAUGAGUCUGAAACUUCCAAUAAUGAUGAAAUUGUCACUGUUACUACCGAUGGAGUAACUGUUUUACAAAAUUUGCCAUAUUUUUCAUCAAAUGUAUUUAAAUCAAAUAAAGUUGUGUCCCAUGUUGAAUUAAACAACUUUGACUAUGCCAUUGUCACUGCUUUAAGGGAUUUACAAUACCCAAUCAUAAUAUCACAAACCUCCCAAGAAGCUUAUACUUAUGCAAACUUGGCUUAUAAUUUGGCAACCAAAUUAAAUACUUCAGUUUUCCACAUUUUUGCACCAACUGAUUAUAACGCUAAGAAAUCAGUUAAAGUAUCUCAGGGUGUUUUAUUAGAAUCAUUGGAAAAAUUAUCCUUGGACCAAGUGGUUGCCAAAUUCGAUGUCCAACCAUUUGAAAUAGUGAACAAGGUUUCCAAACAACAAGAUGCUAUUUUAUACUUGGGUCAAGUAACAGACGAAUUAAUUGCUGCUGCCAAUAAAGCUAACGCUUUGUUGAUCAGUGUUAAGCUUUAUAGACCAUUCCAAUUACAAAAUUUACUCAACAUAAUUCCAGCAAGCAUUCAAACAUUAUCCAUUGUUCAACAAUCUACCACUUCAUUUGCUUCAUAUGCUCCAUUAUUACUUGAUUUUUUCAGUGAAUAUGCUAAAUACCAAGCUUUGAAGAACUUCACCAAAAUUGUUGCUGCCACUUUCGGUUUUGUUCAAGAUUAUAACGAAGUUGUUUCUCAAUUAUUAGACAACACAAGGUCUGAAUCACCAAAACAAAAUUUGUCUUACGGUAAGGUCAACACUGUUUUGGCCACCAAAUCUUCAAAACAAAAGUACGAAAAAUACGUUGAAGCAUUAACUGAAGCCCACAACUUGGAACAAGCUUACAUCAAGAUUUUACAACAAAUUAAUUUGACCAACUUGAACAUCUUGAAUGAAUUCCAAGCUACUAAUGCUGGUGCUGAAUCAAACCCAGACUUUGGUUAUGGUUCUUUCUUGUAUGAUCAAGAACAACAAGAAAACUUGAUUGCUUUGGUUCAAAACUCAGUUAAAGCAAACGAAUUCCACACUGCAGACAAUGCUAAAUUGAUUGACCUUCUUUCUCAAUGGUUGGUUCAAAUUCAAGAAACUGGUGAAGUGGAAAACAGAUUUCAUGUUGAAAUUGUUGAUUUAUUAAAAACUGAUACUUCUACCACUAUUGCUCGUGAAUUGUUAGCUUUGGCUAAAUAUUUCAAGACUGAAAAGAAUUGGUUAAUUGGUUCAGAUGCUUGGUCCUAUGACUUGGGUUCUUCUGGUGUUCACAAUGUUAUUACUUCAGGAAAGAACAUUAACAUGUUGAUCAUCGAUUCAGAACCAUACAAGGAAAAAUCACAAGAAGAUAAAACCAUCAAUGGUUUCCGUAAGAAGGAUGUUGGUUUAUAUGCCAUGAACUAUGGUGGUUGUUAUGUUGCUUCUGUUGCUAUUUAUUCUUCCUACACUCAAGUGUUACAAGCUUUCAUUGAAGCUGAAAAAUUCAAUGGUCCAUCUAUUGUCUUGGCUUACUUGCCAUACAACAGUGAAUCUGACAGCACUUUGUCUGUUUUACAAGAAACCAAGAAAGCUGUUGAUAGUGGUUACUGGCCAUUGUACAGAUAUGAUCCAACACUUGAAAAGGAAAAAGAUAUAUUCAAAUUGGACUCUUCUAAUUUGAGAAAGCAGUUGGCUGAUUUCUUGGAAAGAGAAAACAGAUUAACUAUGUUGGCAGCUAAAGAUCCAUUAUUGUCAAGAAACUUGACUGCUACUGCUAAUACUGAAGCUAAAACUAGACAAGCUAAGAUCGCUGAUGAUUCAUUUGCCCAAUUAUUACAAGGUUUAUCCGGUCCUCCAUUGACUAUUGCAUUCGCUUCUGACGGUGGUAAUGCUGAAGCCGUUGCUAAGAAAAUUAACAGACAAGCUUUGUGUUAG